AUCAAAACCCAAACUCCAUUUCUCCCGCUUAUAAACCAGCAAACACAAAAUACCCUAGCAGUCUCUCUCUUCCUCCAUUUCUCUUCAAAAACCCUAAUUUCUCUCUAAAACCCUAAAAGCAGCUAUGGAGUUUUGGGGUGCUGAGGUGAAAAGUGGAGAGCCCUUAACUGUACAGCCUGGAGAUGGGAUGGUUUUGCAUCUUUCACAGGCAUCUCUAGGUGAGUUGAAGAAGGAUAAAUCAGAAAGUGUCUGCUUGUCAGUGAAUAUUGAUGGCAAGAAACUUGUUCUUGGGACACUCAACUCAGAGAAGGUGCCUCAACAGCAAUUUGACCUGGUUUUUGAUAGAGACUUUGAAUUAUCACACAACUUGAAAAGUGGCAGUGUCUACUUUUUUGGAUACAAGGCAACUAACCCGUUUGAGGAAUAUCCUUUUUUAUUUGUCUGUGAACUUUUAUUUCUUUUAUGCAUUUAUUUUUCGUUCGAUGUAAAAUUUUCUGUGUAUUUGUUUCCUUGACCAAACUUCUGUG